AAUCUGGAGCAAAAGACUCUGGGAGACAAGGAGUCACGUUAAUCUCUGGUUUGGGUUCAACGGAGGUAAAGCACGAAUUGGGAAAUGGAGCAGGAAGCGUGAAUGUAAUAGAUCGACAGAUGGGAUGUUCGCAUGGUUUUAUCUGUACAGUGAUGAAUAUAUUAAAAACGAACCAAGAUCGUUCUGUAAAAGAUUGUGACCAUGGCUGCAGAGUCUGAUGUUCUACACUUCCAGUUUGAACAGCAAGGAGAUGUGGUCUUACAGAAAAUGAAUCUCUUGAGACAGCAGAAUUUAUUUUGUGAUGUAUCGAUUUACAUUAAUGAUACUGAGUUCCAGGGGCACAAGGUGAUUUUAGCUGCUUGCUCCACUUUCAUGAGAGAUCAGUUUCUACUCACACAGUCAAAACACGUCAGGAUCACCAUUCUGCAGAGUGCAGAAGUUGGCAGAAAGUUGUUGCUGUCCUGCUAUACUGGAGCACUUGAAGUGAAAAGGAAAGAGCUUUUGAAAUACCUGACUGCUGCCAGCUACCUCCAGAUGGUUCACAUUGUUGAAAAAUGCACAGAAGCUUUGUCCAAGUAUCUGGAAAUUGAUCUUUCUAUGAAAAACAACCAACACACUGACUUGUGUCAAUCUUCGGAUACAGAUGUUAAGAAUGAAGAAGAAAAUUCUGAUAAAGACUGUGAGAUAAUUGAAAUUUCAGAAGAUAGUCCUGUAAACCUAGAUUUCCAUGUUAAAGAAGAGGAAAGUAAUACAUUACAGUCUGCUGUGGAGAGGUUGACAUCAGAGCGAAGGGGAAUGAAGUCACCAGAGCUCUCUACAGUAGACAGUGGUUUUAAAGAGAAUGAAAUUUGUAUCCUUCACGUAGAGUCCAUCAGUACUGAUGAUGUAGAGAAUGGGCAGUUUCCACAGCCUUGCACCUCAUCCAAAGCAAGCAUGUAUUUCCCGGAAACACAGCAUUCACUGAUCAAUUCUACAGUUGAGAGCAGAGUGGCAGAAGUUCCUGGAAAUCAAAAUCAAGGGUUAUUUUGUGAAAAUACUGAUGGAAGUCAUGGCACAGUAAAUGAGAUCCAGAAUCUCGAUGACAGUUUUUCAUUGAGGCACCAGUGCCCCAGGUGCCCAAGGGGCUUUCUUCAUGUAGAAAACUAUCUCCGUCACCUUAAGAUGCAUAAACUGUUCUUGUGCUUGCAGUGUGGGAAAACAUUUACACAGAAGAAAAAUCUCAACCGGCAUAUUCGAGGACACAUGGGUAUACGGCCCUUUCAGUGUACCGUGUGCUUGAAGACCUUUACUGCUAAAAGCACACUUCAGGACCACUUGAACAUACACAGUGGGGACCGGCCAUAUAAAUGCCAUUGUUGUGAUAUGGACUUCAAACACAAAUCUGCUCUCAAAAAGCACUUAACCUCUGUUCAUGGCAGAAGCAGUGGUGAAAAACUAUCUAGGCCUGAUCUUAAAAGGCAGAAUUUACUGUAAUCAAACCAGGAACUUGUGACGAAAGCAUAGAAUCACUCGGUUAGGCAUGUCUCUUUUUAAAGAUGCAGUGUUGGUAGUGUGCCUCCCCGCCAAUCUUUAGCUUUCAUUUUUGUUCUUCCUACGUGUUAUUCAUUCUGAAUUUCUAAUAGUUAAGAAGUUGUGAAUGAAGUAAUUAAGUUUUUGGGAUUCUAUGUUGUCUCAAACAUUAGUUAUUAGCCUUCUGUUCAGCAGUAAUUACAGAUUCUGACUUGUAGUUUUUAGAUAAGUGAUUUAAUGUUGAAUCUAUAUAGUAAAUUUAAUGAGUUAGAAUGACUUGAAAGUAUAAUGUUGUCCAUUACUAUUAAUUUUGACAACAUGUAGGACUAACAGUUUUCUUUUUAAUGUUUAACCAGUGUACUUGGAUUGUAGCUAGAACACCAAGUUAUAUUCAGAUUCACAUGGGACCAGCAGAUUGUCCUUAGAAUUGCAUUAUUAAAAUACCCAAUAUGUAAUAGACCCUAUUCCUGAUUACAUAUAAUAUAGUUGGAUUAAGAACUCUGUGGCUUAGAUUAGAAAGUUUAAUUUCUUUUCUUUUUGGUCUUUCGAGACAGGGUUUCUCUGUGUAG